AUGCAGCCACAAGCCUCUGCCGCCCAGAGAGCCUACUCACAACGGCGAUCCCCAGGGGCGACGGACCCCGGGCCUCCGCCAAAUGUUUCCGUGCGAGCCAUCUCGCCUGGCAUGCAGCAAGGCCAUCCCCAGCAGCGUCAAUCCAAUGCCUCUGUCAGGUCCGCCCCGUCCACCAGCGGGUCGAGGAGGACAACCCGCGAGGGUUCAUCCGGAUCGGGGAGCGGUUCCAACAUGCCGCUGUCGCAAAUCGAAAGGAGCGUCACCCAUCUCCUCGUAGCCACCAAGCAGCUUCUCGAAACGCUGACGCAGUGGUCGCGUGGCCAAGCAACCGAUGCGCAAGUCUCCGACGUCUACGUACGAUUAGGCUACGAGUUCAACAUGGCUUGCCGGGCCUUUACCGCCAUCAACGUCGACACCUCCGACCUCGGCAACGUGCCCGACCUGCUUCGCAGCAUCCUCGAGGCCUGCCUGAGCCAAGAAGCGAGCGCCGAGAGCUUGGAGAGGUACCUGCCUAGGAUUCGGGACAUCAUCAUCAACCUGCUCCACGGGCUGAAGCGGAAGCAGCAGAGAUUGCGCCAGAGGCAAGGGCGUGACCGAGACGGCUCCGCGGUACCGGAGCGAACCACGAGCGUUAGCACCAUCGGGAGCGGGAGCAGCGGCCUGACCAACAUGCUGGACGACACUAUAGAGAGCCACCGACCGCAUUCGCAUCGACCAGGUUCCGGCCCGCAGCAAAACGGCGGAUCGUCGCCCACGCGGCGCUUCAACGCCGAGCGUGACCCAUCCAGGGGGUCCGUCGCUUCAGAGGUGUCUUCCAUUUCCAGCGCCACCAUGCAGAGCAUGCCUGUGAUGCCGCCUUAUCCAGCAGACAACGAUACCUCCCUGCCUGCAGGGCCGCCGCCCGCGCCAGAGCUCAAUAUUGACGCCUUUCCGCCGCCGCCGCCGCCGCCACCGGACAAGACAUCGAGUGCGCUGGCAGCGCUGCAAAAGGGUGGUGACUUGGAGAGGAGAGCGUCCCGGAGAUACUCCCAGUAUCAGAUCUCGAAGCAUCUUGGAUCAGCUGGCAAUGUCGUACCCAUGCUACCUUCACAGACAGGACCGACGCCGAAUAGGGGAAGGAAAGAGGCGAGGGAGUCGUUGCGCGCCGUCCAGUCGCGCGAAUCCGUCCGACAUAGCCGGACUGCAUCGCAAAUCAAGAGCGGUCCUGGCUUUGAGAACUCCCCCAUCCGAGUGCCCAGUCGGGUGGCGGAGGAGAACGCGCCCAGUCAGCCGUCCGUGAUUGUCGAGAGCCCGUCCGCGCAGACUCCUGAUGAAAAAUAUGCGCCCAGCGCAACGCUUUCCGGUCCCAUGACCGACUCGAACCCAUUCAUGAACGAGACGCCACGCCCUGGGUCCAAGAAGGAGCAGAAGUCCAAGUCGGAAGAGACGCCGACAUCGGCUCCUCAUCCCGCGGAAUCGAAGCCGAACAACGAGCAGUACUUUCAAGUUUCUCCUCCGCCGACGCCUACGAAAGACUUGACACUGUUCCUCCAGUACAAGUCAAAGGUCAAGAAGAUUGUGCUCCCCGAAGGUCGUGACGAGCUCUCCAUCGGACGCCUGCAGCUGGCCUUUAUCGAGAAGUUCUCCUGGAACACGCAGCAAAACGGAGCCGAUUUGCCCGAGAUUUACAUCCAGGACCCUGUGUCUGGUGUGCGGCAUGAGUUGGAAGAUCUGAGUGACAUCAAAGACCGAACCGUCCUGGUUCUCAACGUGGAGCCCCUGGAUGAAGUGAAACGGCACAUAGACGAAGGCAUAGGCGCGCUCACCAAGAUUGUUCGGGAGGUGAAGCAGAACGUCGAUGAUCAAGCCGUUACUCUCCAGCGGGUUUCGGAUCGCCAACAAGAGACGGCCAAGGAGAUGGCUCAGAUUGUCUUGGAAAAGGCCCAGCAGGCGCCUGCGCGAGCCGCGGAAGGCUCGAAGCCCCUGGGCCCCGGCCGGAAGCUCGACAACAGCCAGAUCGGACAGAUCCAGAGCCUGCGACAGGACCUCGCCGUCCUUCGACAAACCUACUCGUCCUUCCAGUCGGAGAUCCAGUCACAUAUGUCCACGAUUCGCAACAAGGCCGCCCACGUCAAGGCCGCGGCUGCCAAGGCUGCGAUCCCCAGCAUAGAGGGCGAUGCCGGCUACGCCUAUGUCUCCAAUGGGCGUAAGCAGCUCAAUGCCGACUCGGACCGACUGGUCGCCAAGGUGGAUGAUCUCCAGGACUUGGUGGAAGACUUGCGCAAGGACGUGCUCGAGGUUGUCGCCAAGGACGUUACCGCGCUUUCCAAGGAGCUCAAGGCAAUGGAGGACUACAUGGCCAAGGAGAAGCCAAUCUGGACCAAGAUUUGGGAGAAGGAGCUCGAGGACGUUUGCCAGGGACGUGAUGAGCUGCGCAUUAUGGAGGAGCUGCUUAUCGAUCUGCGUGAUGACCUGGAGAAGGCCUCGGAAACGUUUACCCUCGUUGAGCAGGCUACCAAGGAGCAGAUGAAGGACAGCGGAACGGGCCACAGCGCGAGCACGGCCCGCACCUUUUCCAGGGGCCUGAACAACCUCGGCAACAGCCUGGAUCAGAAUGCCGCCAAGGAGGAUGUGCUGGGCGAGGUGCGCGCUCUGCAGCCGAACCACCAGGACCGGCUCGAGGCCAUUGAGCGCGCCGAGAAGCUGCGACAGAAGGAGUUGAAGAACCGCUCGGGCAACGCGCUCCACCGCGAGAUCCACGCCUUUGUUGCCGAGGGCAAGCUGAAGAAGUCGGGAGGCUUUGAAGAAGUGGAGCGCGCGCGGCUGGCCAAGGAUGAAAAGAUCCGGCGCGAAGUGUGGGAGCGGAUGAAUGGCAUUGUCGGGGAUGACGAGGAGGAAGAGGAAGAAGAGGAGGAGGAGGAGGAAGAAGAAGAGGGAGAGGGCGAGGAGGAGGAGGGGCAAGAGGUUGCGGAGGUACGACGGCUGAGAAGGGGGCGGGCUCUGUCGAUUCUCUAG